UUUUUUAUCCAGCUUGUUAAUGGGGGUACUCCAGGGGCAUCGAUUCCACAGCCUGGCCAGUUCUUUGGGUUUUCAAUCGAAAUGUCGGUAGCGAAUCAAGUUCUCGGAAAAAACUCGUAGGGACCAAUUGCGCAAACAAUAUUAUUGUCCUUGUUAAUUUCGGUUAAGGUCGCUGUUACAAGUUCCAUUCUUGAACCUUAUGGCAAACCUACAAGAAAGGUCUGGCGGUGUACGAAUACGUGUCGGUGGAAAUACACAAGAGACCGCAAAACUGGUUCCCGAAUUGUCCGAUGGCAGGAUCCUGGAAAAGGACUUGAGCCAAGUCACGAAUCCUACUCAAACUCCACCGCUUGUGUUCACGCCAGAUCUUCUUUAUAUGAUGGCAAACAUUUCGUCAUUGGUUAACGUUCAUUGGUUCAUUGGCAUCCCAUUCUUCCAAACCACGCCUUUCGACCUGUCAAUAGCCGUCGCAGGCCAAGAAAUUCUAGGAGAAUCUCUUCUCGGUAUCCAGGCUGCUAACGAACCCGAUUUCUAUGUGGCUCAUGGUCACCGUCCUGAGACGUACAACCAAUACGACUACUUUGGAGAAUUUAGCGAUUUGAUAGCAGCGAUGAGCGGGUCGGAAAACGAUAUAAACCGACGCCUUCUUAUUGGACCAAAUACUGCAGACCAAUGGUCCCAACAGGAUGUCUGGAACACCGGCUUCGUCGACGCAUAUUCUGACAACCUUGCAUACCUCGCGUUUGAAAGGUAUCCACAAGAUAAUUGCGCUGCCACAUUUGACGAAGGCAGCGCAGUUGAUCCUCAGCAGAUGUUCCCGUUCUAUCUGGAUCAUAGUUCCAGCGUGAACCUGGUUGCGAACUAUUUGAACUCGACAGCUUAUGCCCAAAGUAAAGGGAAACAAUUGAUCAUGUUCGAAACUAACACUGCAUCCUGUGGGGGCUUUCCGGGCAUCAGUGAUUCUUUCGGAGCAGCGCUAUGGGGCCUUGAUUAUGCCCUGCAAUUGGCUCACGCCAACUUUUCGGGAGUUUUGAUGCAUACGGGUGGACAAACAGUUUACUACAAUCCUUUCACAGCUCCGCCAACAAAUGAAUCAACAUAUCAUCAGUGGACGGUUGGACCCAUCUAUUAUUCCGCUUUGAUUAUGGCAGAAGUUCUUGGCCCAUCCAAUGCAUCGCAAGUGUUGGACAUUGGUGCGAACGGUGGUAAUAUAUACACACCGGGAUACGCAGUAUACGAGCAAGCCACACCUGUUCGUCUUGCCUUAUUCAACUUCAUCACUGAUUCCUCGGGUGGCCAUGAUUAUUAUGCUACCUUUGCUAUCGGGGGCGGAGACACUGGACAACCCAGCGGAACGCCGGCUCAAGUCAAAGUGAAAUACUUUAGAGCAUCAUCCGUAUCUCAAAAGGGUAACUAUACAUGGGCAGGACAGACCUUUGGUGACAACUUUGCCUCUGACGGUCGGAUUCAAGGAGAAGAGGACAUACAAACCAUUGCCUGUGAUCAGAGCGGAAACAUCUGUUCUAUAUAUGUCCCGGCACCGGGUUUCGCGCUGGUGUUCUUGACGGACGAUGCACUCAGCGAAUCAGAAGGAGAAGGAGAAGCGCAGACAUUUUCUACAACGGCUGUGACAAAGCUGCACAACACGGCUACUGUAGAUCCUGCUGUUCUGGCGACGUCUAAUGGGCAUCAUGCUGUGCUAGAUGGGCUAGGAAGUACAAGUCCGGGGAGUAAUGAUGCUACGAGCAAGCAAUUACAUGCUUCCCUCUCAUUUUUAUGUAUUUGUGCUAUAACGCUGGCGUAUUUCAUCUAGAGAUAUCUUGUAUUAUCUUUAUUGUAUUGGACUUUGUGUAUUAUAGAGAUUCUUUUAGAAUUUACUCUCUUUCUGUCAGAAUCACGCUGAGUCCUUUCUUCGCUUCAUUGACAGGAAAUGCAGAUAUGCCAGACUAUACUUUGGAGUCGGAGCUGACGUUACAUUCAUGGGGGCCGAAGCAAACCAGAGCAGCUUGUUAGUUUCUGGGUCACGGUCGAAAUGUUGAGUGGUCUCAGGAGGCAGUUUUUCGACUUGAACAGUAUUUGUGCCCGCUGUGGAUAGAACGGUACGGUCCGUGCUGAAUACGGAGAUACCUGACAUGGCCGCCAUCUUACAAGACCGAUCCCGUGGCUGUGCG